GCUUAGUCAACCGUCAUCAUACCCAAGGUCCUAAGCCAACAGCCAAGAACACAGAUCCUCAGUCUCCCAUCUCUCUCUCUCUCUGACAGGGCUGAUAUUAGUUCGGCCGCAAGAGCAGAGCCACGCAUAGACGGAGACAGAGACAGAGUGCUUGAGCUUGAGAUGGAAGUGAUGGAGAAGACGAGAAAGAUGAAAUCGGAAAAGUUAACUUUGAUACUGGUGAACCUGGCGGGAAUAAUGGAGAGAGCAGACGAGUCGCUGCUACCAGGGGUGUACAAGGAGGUCGGGGCGGCACUCAAUACCGACCCAACUGGUCUGGGUUCUCUCACCCUCUUUCGAUCCAUCGUCCAGUCAUCCUGUUAUCCCCUCGCUGCCUACCUCGCCGUUCGUCACAACCGCGCCCACGUCAUCGCCCUCGGCGCCUUCCUCUGGGCCGCUGCCACCUUCCUCGUCGCCAUCUCCUCCACUUUCUUUCAGGUGGCUGUCUCAAGAGCUUUGAAUGGAAUUGGGCUUGCCAUAGUUACACCUGCCAUUCAGUCUCUUGUUGCUGACUCGACUGAUGACACCAACCGUGGUAUGGCUUUUGGGUGGCUUCAGCUAACAGGGAAUCUGGGAUCAAUACUCGGUGGCCUCUGUUCUGUUCUGAUAGCUUCAACAUCAUUCAUGGGGAUCCCUGGUUGGAGAAUUUCCUUCCAUCUAGUUGCAAUAGUGAGUGUCAUUGUAGGUCUUUUGAUCCGUCUCUUUGCCAAUGAUCCACGCUUUUCAGAUGAGGGCAGUAAACCUAGCAGUCCAAGUCCAGAUAAAUCUCUAUGGUCAGAAAUGAAGGACCUGGUUCAGGAAGCCAAGUCAGUAAUUAAAAUCCCAUCAUUCCAGAUAAUUGUAGCUCAGGGUAUUACUGGCUCAUUCCCUUGGUCAGCCUUGUCAUUUGCACCAAUGUGGUUAGAGCUUAUUGGCUUCUCCCACAAACAAACAGCAUUUCUCAUGAGCAUGUUUGUGGUUGCUGGUUCUCUUGGGGGACUAUUUGGAGGAAAGAUGGGGGAUGUCCUUGCAAAGCGUCGCCCCAACUCUGGAAGGAUAAUUCUGUCACAAAUAAGCUCAGGUUCAGCUAUCCCACUAGCAGCAGUUCUGAUGUUGGCUUUACCCGAUGAUCCCUCCACAGCUUUCAUGCAUGGUUUGGUGUUAUUCAUCAUGGGUUUAUGCAUAUCAUGGAAUGGUCCUGCUACAAACAAUCCAAUAUUUGCAGAGAUAGUCCCUGAGAAGUCAAGAACAAGCAUCUAUGCUUUGGAUCGAUCUUUUGAGUCCAUAUUAUCGUCAUUUGCGCCACCUGUAGUUGGAUUACUGUCUCAGCAUGUUUAUGGUUACAAACCUGUUCCUAAGGGAUCCAGUGAAUCUGUUGAGAUUGAAACAGAUAGAGAGAAUGCUGCAUCUCUAGCCAAAGCGCUUUACACAGCAAUAGGUAUUCCAAUGACACUAUGUUGCCUGAUUUACUCCUUUCUCUAUUGCACCUAUCCAAGAGACAGGGAGAGAGCACGAAUGCAUGGGUUAAUAGAAUCAGAGAUGCAACUGAUAGAGUCCAAUAAUCCUCCUGCAGUAGAACACACUCAAGUUCACUUCUCAGAAUCUGAUAAGCUGUAUGGAAAGGAAAAAAGUGUGAUUGAAAUGGAUUAUGGAGAAGAUGGUAUUGAUUUUGAUGAAGGUGAUGAGAAGACCCUGCUUUACCGUCAACUGACAUUCUCGAAUUUAGGAGAAUAAUGAUAUUGAAAAUCAGAAUCUCUCUGUAUGGCUAAGUAAAUGACUUUCACUCAAAUAUAGAGAAAUCUUCUCCAACCAGUGAACCAGUUUUUCAGAAAACCAGUAUAGGCUUCACAAAAUUUUAUGUAAAAAAUUAGGUCAAAACACAGUUAAACAUUUUACCAUUUCUAUCCACCCAUGUUCAAAACAUAAAGUUAAAGCUUCAGCAUUUUAAGUAUUUAGAGCAGGUCUUUUUUAUUAUGAAAAUGUAAUUGCAUUGCAAGGUGCAGACCAGCUGGUUGGUAAGGUCUCUGCUGGUCAUAGUGGAGACUUGGGAUCGAAUCCCACCUGCACCUGGAU